AUGGCAAGCUCAUCGAGUUCGAGCUUGGCUCCAUCAUCACCUGCUAGUUCUCAAUCUCAACAUUCAGAAGCUGACACAGCUGGUGAAACUAAUGAGAUUGUUCCUGUCUCCGAACAAGGUGAGAAUAAGGAAAUAGAAGCUGAAAAAAAGAAAAAGUACAAGGUGGAGAAGAAGGUGCAGGCCGUGCAGCAACUCAGGUAUUGUGGCACUGACCUUGCUGCUGAUUCUUCUUUUAAUGGAACCAGCACUUUGCGUAGACAUGUGGAAAAGGUUUGUAAGAAGUAUCCGGGUAGGGAGGAUUUAGAAGACACACAGCAGGUGUUAGUUAGUGAUGGUCAAACUUUACCUACCUUAAAUGUUAACAAAGGCUGGUCACAAGAAGCUUGUGUUCAAGCUGCUUGUGAAAUGAUAGUUAUAGAUGAACUACCAUUUAGCCACAUUGAGAAUGAGGGGUUUAGGUGGUUCUACAAGGUAGCUAUUCCUCGAUUUGAGGUGCCUUCUAGGAGAAAAAUAGUUAGGACUUUCUUGGAGCUGUAUGAGAGGAAUAAAGAGGAGCUUAUGAUGCAUUUACGUAGCCACAGAGUGUGCUUAACUACAGAUACUUGGACAUCUGUACAGAACAUCAACUACAUGGUGUUAACAGCACACUUCAUAGAUCAUGGUUGGCAAUUGCACAAGAGAAUCCUGAAUUUUUGUGUAAUCUCGAAUCACAAAGGGACAACAAUAGGAAAGAUUUUAGAAAAUUGUUUGGUGCAGUGGAAGAUAGAUAAAGUUUUGACUGUGUCAGUUGAUAAUGCAAGUGCAAAUAAGGUGGCAAUCGAUUAUCUGAAAAGGAAAAUGGCAGGAUGGAAGAACCCCCAAUGUUUGGUGGCAAGUUCAUGCAUGUGA